AUUUCCUGAAAUCAAUAAUUAGAUGAAUGGUACGAAUUAAAUGAUGAGUGAACAACAUAGGCAGGAAGAAGCCUGAUGACAGCAAUUUCUACAAAUCAAAUGAGGCAAUAGAUACAGCCAGGAAUCUAUAACCCUUACUAGCAAUUACAGGCAAACUAUGAAUCAGCUAACUAAACUAACUUAAUUGGUUACUAAUUAGUUAUCAAAUUAAUCCAGACAUUUUCCCCUAAAUUUGAGAUCGAAGAAGUUGCAAAACAGAGAAGAUAUAGUCAAGUGGCUCUCCUAAGCAUACGGGAUGUCUAGUAUUCUUCCAAUCUUUUUAUUGUUGCCAUGUCUUAAAGUUUCUAAUUUUGACAAUUCCUGCAUUGUAUAUAAGCUCAUUUACAAGUGUUGAAGCAAACACCGAGCACUUUCUUUCUUUGUUUAUCUCAUGCCUAAUCCUCGCCUUGUUUUAGUUAUCUCCUUCUCCUGAAAAAGGUUUUCUGGGGGUAGUUUUAUUUUAGGGAGGCAAACAUGCCGGCCAUAGCAAUUGCUAGCGAUGGCGAUGUGCCGGAGUUUGAAGGCAAGAUAACAUUUAAGGUAAUCAUAUGUGUGAUGAUUGCAGCUUGUGGAGGCCUGAUGUUUGGCUAUGAUGUUGGAGUUUCAGGCGGGGUUACAGCCAUGGAUGACUUCCUGGAAAAAUUUUUUCCUUCUGUUUAUGAAAGAAAGAAACAUGCCCACGAAAACAACUACUGCAAAUAUGAUAAUCAAUAUCUCCAAUUGUUCACGUCUUCCUUGUAUAUUGCGGCUCUAGUAGCCAGCUUUUUCGCUUCAAGGACUUGCACAAAAUAUGGCAGGAAGCCGACCAUGCUGCUUGCUUCUUUUUUCUUCACAGUAGGAGUUGCUUUAAGUGCCUUGGGAGUAAAUAUCGGAAUGGUAAUCAUUGGGAGGGUUCUUCUCGGCUUGGGAGUUGGAUUUGCCAAUCAAGCAGUGCCACUGUUUCUUUCAGAGCUAGCUCCAGUCAAGAUCCGUGGAGCACUAAACAUUUGCUUCCAACUCUUCGUAACAAUUGGAAUCUUGGUUGCCAAUGUCGUUAACUACUUCACUGGAAAAGUUCAUCCAUACGGUUUCAGAAUUUCUCUUGGAAUUGCAGGCGUACCAGCUUUAAUGCUAGGAUUAGGUUCGUUAACCAUCGUGGAGACUCCAACAAGUCUUGUGGAGCGCAAAAGAACAGAACAAGGAAGGGCAGUGCUUAAAAAGAUCAGGGGCGUAGACAAUGUUGAUCUUGAGUUUGAUUCCAUAGUGCACGCCUGUGAGAAGGCUAGGCAAGUGACCGACCCAUAUCGCAGACUCAUGAAAAGGCCAAGCAGGCCACCUCUAGUGAUAGCCAUCUUACUGCAAAUUUUCCAGCAAUUCACAGGGAUCAAUGCCAUUAUGUUUUAUGCACCUGUUCUCUUCCAGACUGUAGGAUUUGGAAAUGACGCUUCUUUGCUUUCAUCUGUUAUAACCGGCGGUGUCAAUGUUCUAUGCACUAUAGUUUCAGUCGUCCUUGUAGAUAGGGCUGGCAGGAGGAUUCUGCUGCUUGAAUCUUGCGUACAGAUGCUUAUUACCCAGACUAUCAUUGGAAUUAUCCUGAUGAAGGAUUUGAAAGCCACAGGCGAUCUACCAAGUGGAGAAGCGUUAGUUGUGGUGGUCAUGGUGUGUGUGUUCGUUGCUGGGUUCUCAUGGUCAUGGGGGCCUCUGGGUUGGUUAAUUCCAAGCGAGACUUUCCCUCUUGAGACAAGAACAGCUGGGUUUUCCUUUGCCGUGAGCACCAACAUGCUCUUCACCUUCAUCAUCGCACAAGCUUUCUUGUCGAUGCUAUGCAAAAUGCAAGCCGGGAUUUUCUUUUUCUUCGCAGCUUGGAUCUUUGUAAUGAUGUCCUUUGCCUUAUUUUUCAUCCCGGAGACAAAAGGCGUUCCUGUAGAUGCCAUGGUUGAUAAAGUUUGGAAGCAACACUGGUUCUGGCGUAGAUAUUUUGAUGAAGAUAAAGAAGAAUCCGUCAAGAAAGGCCCAGAACUCAUUCAUCCACACAUGACUUGAACGAAAAAACAAGUAGGAAAUGAAGGAUCCACAAUUGAGAGACCAAUUGAAGGUGGUGCAUCGUUGUAAAUUUCAAAAUUACACCAAUUUGUUGAUGUCAUUGAAUCACAAUUCCCCUUUUUGAGAGUCAAAAAUAAUCAAAGACCCUUCUGUUGGUUUUUCACAUUUUCGAAAAACUAAUCAGAAGGGAUUCCUUAGUUUUGCUUUGCCAUUCAAUAAGGCAAAACAAUUGGUAAAUGUACAUAUUGCUCUCCAGCUUUCAUCUACUCUCGAGAGUGUGUACCUUAUUAAUUCAUUAGACCAUGUAUGUUUCUUUACCAUAUACAUAGAAGGCACAAAAUUUUGAAAAAUAAAUUAAAAUUUCUUAAGAUUUGGUUUUAUUUAUAAAAUG